GUAUGCUUCGACCGGCCAACUCAUGCUGCGACUCCAUCAACUUUCGGCGUGUACGCUCGCUCGUAAGAGGGAUUGUGUCAAUUGCAUCCCCGCUGGUUCGGAUCUGUCGCGAACAUUACGGGACUGACGUGCAGUACGUACGUGGGUACUUCGGACCGUGAUGGUGUCGGGGGCCACCGGAAGGUCACCGUCGACGUCAGUCGGAGCGACCUGUGGGCAAGGCGGCAGCUGCAGCCCUCUACGCUCGACGACCUCUACUGCACCGUCCAGCAGAACACACCAAGCGUUGUGCAGAUACCCGCCAGCGACCAGAAUAUGCCGUCUACCUGGGAGAACGCCCGGGUCUCCGGAGCCAUGCUUCUCCGCGGAGGACUCGCGCUUUCGCCGAUCAUAGCUGCCUACCAGGGCACCUCGUUGAUUCCUCCUGGUUCUCCAAGUAUCGCGACCCAGGGCAUCCUAGCGGGCCUCGCCGCCUCCAGCCUGCCCGCUUUCUUCUAUGUCGUGCCGAUGGUCUUCGGCUCCAGGCCAUGCCCAUCUCAGUCGCCUUUGUUCCUGCCUGUGACGACCUUCGUCGUCACUACGGAUGUCUUCUCCUGGGUCGCAGCGCUCGUGCUCGCUCGGCAGCGCAGGACCGGGCGCAGCGACUGGCUUCUGGACACGAUGGCGAAGCUGCAGCUGACGUCUUCGGUGUUGCUUGGGAUCGGGAGCGUCAUUCGAAAGUACCUGAAGGUGGGUCAGAUUGAUCCCAGCCUGGCAUGGACCGAUAAGGUGGAAUGGCAGCUUCUUGGGACGACCCUCUUCCAUAUCGCUGGAGCGACUGCCGUCUUGACCAGACGUCGCUGGGAAUACAAGCAAUGAUCUUUGCGUCGGCGUUUGUCCUCUCGAACAACUGUUACGUUGUAUCCGUUAUGAUAUGUAUCAUACUAUACCUUUGUGUGUCAGCCGUUACUCAGAAGUGCACUGUAUAUGCUGCGAUAUUGCAUUCGUCUUGCUUUGGACACUGGUUUCGGCUCUUACUCGAUUAUCGUAACUCAGCAGCCUGAGUGCUCCGCCGUGUCAUCGAGCUCUCGUCCAGUCGAGGCAUAUCCCCGUGGUGGAUAAUAUGACUAGCUUUGAAUGAGAUGACUAUGUAUCGACAUUCGACCAACGGAAGCAUUUCGAUAGCUGGCCUAGACGGCACCAGACACGGACGAACAGAGACUCUGAGAGAGCGUUUGUUUGUUUCUAAGGCUCUUGGCAAACACCGCGCCCAAAUCCGGACACUGCACGUGGCAAGCGCCGUUUCUCCCGGG